GUACCUGCUCGUUUGACUUGUCCGAGAUGUCCACGUUCACUGGGAGUCCCCGGCCCAGCUCAUGGCUCGACUACAUAAGCAUAGGUGGGGUCGCGAGUCUUGGCGCUUCCUUCAUAUUCUUCCAGCUGGCGGGGGGCCAUGACGCCCGCAUUCAGCAGCUGGUGCAGGCGGUAGCUCUCGACUGGUUAGCAGGCGCCCGGCAGUUGGACGGCACACUGCCGCGGCUGGUGGCGGCUCGCGGGCGCAUUGGCUGCCGGGAGCCGUCCAAGUGCGAGCUGAGCGACCAGCCGGCGGUCAUGCGCGAGCUGCUGGAGGAGGAGGUGUACUUCAAGGAGCACACCAGUGGCCGCGUCACGCACGAGAGCUUCGAGGUCCGCCGGGAGCAGGAGCAGCGAGAGGCGUUCCUGGAGGACGUGAGCGGCUCCAUCCGGCUGGACAACCUGCAGCACGCGGCGGGUCUGCCGAGCGUCAUGGAAGUGAAGCAGGUGUUCCGACCCGUGGACCUGCUGCAGGGCACACUGCUGCAGGCGGUCAUAAACAAGGCGUUCAAGAGCAUGGUGAAGCACGGCGUCCGCUCCACCGAGCGCUUUCUCCCAGUCAACACCACCGUCACUGUCAUCGGCGAGCUAUGUCGAGACACACUGGGUGCACCCGCCAGCACCAGCGGCAGCAACAGCAGCAGCAGCGGCAGCAGCGGUGGCAGCGGCUCAUCGCGAGCGGCAGUAGCAGCCGCACCAGCGGGAGCGGGUAACCGUGGCCAGGACGCCGGGGCAGGCCCUUCCAGCGGGAGCAAGUCGAUCAACGCGGCUGGCAUCAGCUCCAAACUGAGCGGGGCCAGCUCGAAAGGCGGCGGCGGAGGCGGCGGGCUGGGCCCAAGCGGCGGCGACACGGCUGCUUCGUCCUCGACAUCCGCGAUGACGGCGGCGGCGACCGCGGCGGCGGCGGCCGUGGGGUCGGAGCUCUUGACGCAGGCGGCGGCGGCGGGGGCCUCGGUGGUGGCGCAGGCACUGCCGUACACUCUGCGCAUGCCCAGCCACGGCCCCUUCCACGUCACCACCCUCACGUUGCCGCAGCUGCGUGCGUCAAUGGAGCGGACCUCGCGCACGCUACGGGUGUUUGCCUGGGGCUUUGGCGUGUUGGGCACGGCGCUGGUGGUGCGCAAGCUGUUCGCACAGCUGUGGCGCCUGCGGCAGCACCGGAUAGGACAGCGCCGCAUGGCGGAGGCGGAGGCGGUGCGGCGCCAACGGGCGGCGGAGCGCGCGGCGGCGGCGGGCGUCAACGGCACAGCGGCGCUGGCGCAGGCGGCGGCUGAGGAGGAGUCGGGCGCGCGGAACCCGGGCACGUGUGUGGUGUGUAUGGACCGGGACGCCGAUGUGGUGUUCACGGGCUGCGGCCACCUGUGUGCGUGCUACGGCUGCAGCACCAAUCUGACCAAGUGCCCCAUAUGCCGGGUCAACAGCCGCAUGCUGCGCGUGUACCGGCCGUAGUUGCGGGUGCAGGCGCGGUCGUGUGUGCGGGGUUGAUUGAGCGGGCAACAGCGAGGGGCAAGAGGGUGUGGCGGCGGCAGGCGGAACGCUGGCAGCGCCGGGCCGGCGUAGGACGACCAUACGGUACGGUAGUUGCAGGAGGGGGAAUGCUUAUUGACUGUUGGUGCUCUGUAAUUGUCUGAGCUUAAUGCACUGACGUGGGCCGGCACAGAAAGCCACAAUACAUCUUUUCUUACGCUAGUCUGUUCCCGAGUGGGGCAUGCGGCGCGAGCAUACACGUGUUGUUGUCGUUGUUGGUUACGCGUGGACCGUUUCGACUCCGCACCAGCCUGCCCGACUGGCGGCUUCAACCAGGCUGCCCACAUGCAAUCUGUACUUCUAUAACGAGGCGUGACGUCAAAGCCAACUGGGUUUAAGACUUGAAGUAGCUUGGGCGCCUGCAAGGCCGUAACGUGCCAGAAACGUGCGCACGGCGUCCUAGGGCGUCCUGUGGCGUCGCAGCGGCUAGCGCCUCAGCGCAGGCACGGGCAGGUGUCAGGCUGAUACUCCACAGUAAAAUCAGAU